GAUCGAAUUCUAUAGUAGGUUGCAGAGAGUUUCCGCGGCUUCUGGCAGCGAUUCUUGAGUCAAUUUCAUCAUCAUUAAAGGUGGCGGGCCCGAAGAGAAGCAACGGGGAAUUGGGAGGGAAAACAGAGAUCUCGCGCAAGCGGAACAAAAUGAGAGAUCUUGAGUCGGUUUUUCGCUCAGAAGGAAGAGAACCUCCUUUUUCAAAGUCUUCAAUGAUCAAAGAAGCCCCAGACCAAUUUCUCUUGGGUAAAAGAGAAGAGAUAUCUCCAAUAACUGAGGAGCCUGUAACAAAGAUUUCUGAUAAUUUUCAAACAAUCGAAACUGGGAGGAACUCUCUAUGCCUCUCAGAAGAUGCCACUCGUCUGAGUUUGGGUCAUACCGGCCAUCCUCUUAGAAGUAUGGAUCUUAAUGCUGAACCCUGUAUUCCCAAGGAUUCAGAUCAUGAUGAUGCACCAGCGAAUGUUGAUGGCAUUUGUAAACCAUCCAAGCUCACAAAGCAAGCACCAGAUCAUGAAACAAACUUUACCACCUCAAGGGGUACUGGGUUGGAUCUCAAUGCGGAGGAUGUCUCUAGCUCAGUGUACCAUGACCAAAUUUUCCCCUACAAAAGUCAGAAACACUUGAAAUCUAGGGAUGUGUCAGAGUGUGGGAGCUCUACAGGCCCUUUGGAUGAGAAAGACUCACUGAGAGUGUGGAGAGAGAUGAAACAGAAUGGUUUUUUCUCGUCUUCACAUGGAGGCAUACCAAUGCCAAAGCAGCGCGGAAGGAAGAGUAAAAAUGAUACACUUAAGAAAAAAAUGGAGCUUGCAAAAAGAGAACAGGUUAACAGAUUUACAAAGAUUGCUGCUCCAAGUGGGCUUCUCAAUGAAUUGAACCCUGGAAUUAUAAACCAUGUGAGAAAUAGUAAACAGGUUCAUUCUAUAAUCGAGGCCUUAGUGAGAUCUGAAAAGCUUGAAAAUGGUCGUAUUCAAAGCAGGUCAGCAAACAAUCUUAAAAGAGGAACAAAGGAAGCAAAUGAUCGAAGGAAGGACAUGGAAAACAUGCAUGAUUCAGGAACCAGUCAACUUAAUGUUUCGCAUGGAAAUGAACCAGGUGGACAGACCCCAAUGUUCUCAACUAAAGUGGUAAUUCCUCUGAAUUCAGAUCACGUGGUAGCUGGUGACUCAUAUUUUGGGGCAAGAAGGGUUUCAGAUAAAACUUCUGGUGCUUCACACAUUACCUCAGAUCAUGAGCACAGAAACUAUACACUGAAACUGUCAUCCGAGAACACUAGUUCUGUGUCUAAUGAGGAGUCGGAAAACCAAGCUGCUGUUUCUUCCCUUUCUGUGAAAGCUGCCACAGUAGCUUCCCAAUGGCUGGAACUUCUUCAUCAAGACAUUAGAGGGCGCCUUUCUGCACUGCGGCGUAGCAAGAAGAGAGUUCGAGCUGUAAUUCAGACAGAGUUGCCUUUCCUUUUGUCCAAAGAAUUUAAAUCUAACCAAGAGAACGAUCCUUAUGUACCUUGUGCCAGUGAAUGUCCAAAGCCCCAGAACAUUGCAAAUCCAGAAAUGCAUCAAGCAAAGUGGACUGCAUUAUUUGGUCAGAUGGAAAAGACACUCACUGAAGAGGGAAGACAUCUGGAAACUUGGUUGAACCAAGUGACAGAAAUGCAAUCGCAUUGUGCGAGCGGCCUGCAAUCCACCAACUGGUUCACAGGACAUGGCUUGCCACUAGUAGGCAGAGAAAAUGAGUCCAGAUUGAAGAACAUGGAAAAUUCAGACAGGGAGUUGGCUAUCAGAGCCGCUGCUGCUUCCAUUUACUCCACCUGCAACUAUGCGAUGUCAACAGAAAAUGUAUCCUGUUUCUGAGUUUAUUGCGCGAUUAGUCCACCCAUGAGGUUUAUUCCUAAUUUUAUAGAAAAUUUCUUUGCUGAAUGUUAGCUUCACUAACAUCCAUGUUGUACAACUAUUGAAUGAUGUUUCCUGGUAACAUCAGAAACAUUUUUUUCAAUAUUUCUUUUGUCAAUUUUACUUUAUUGAUUGUUAACCCCCCCCCCCCCCCCCGGAUAAGCAUUGUUGUUAUAACACUGACGAUUUGUUUUAAAGAUCAUAAGGAAUCUCCAUUGACAAGUUUCAGAUUAUUUGAUUGUGUUUUAUAUGUGGGUUUA